AUGGAUAUUCAAUACAAAUCUGCAUUACCCUUUGUUUUGUUAGUUAUCAAUGUUGUCUUAGGUUCUUUAUUUUUUGGAUAUGCAAUUUCCUAUCUAAAUUCAGCUUCGAACUUUUACCCCAUUUAUUAUCUCAUAACUGACUAUGACUCAUCAACCUAAAAUUUGCUUAAAGCUUUAGUUGGAGGUAUCAUAAUCUAAAAUAUCUUAUUUAGCUAUUUUUACCUUAUCAGCUGGAGGUGGAGCAAUGUUUUCAGGCAAUUUAUUACAAAUGUUUAGUUUAAGAAAGGCUUUUAUGAUUACUGACUUAAUUGGAAUUAUUGGAGUAUUACUAGAAAUUAUAUCCAAUAUUUAUACAUUUUAUAUUGCCAGAAUUCUGAUAGGUUUUUGUGUAGGACUCAAUUCUUCACUAAUUCCAUUAUAUAUUAAAGAGUUUUCACCAAGUAGAUUAUCUGGAUCGCUAGGGGCACUUAAUUAACUAACUAUUAAUAUCGGAAUCUUAAUAGGAUUAAUUUCUGCCUUGUAAGUUUUUUUAUAAUUACAUAGUUUCUAUUCAUCUGAUUUAAAUGAUGAAAAAUCGAAUGAUAAUGUUUUUAGAUUAUUCUUAGAAAUUCCACUUAUAUUUUGUGUUAUUAGAACUUUAUUAUUAGCAUUGGUUUUUAAAAAUGAACCACCUUCUUAUUAUGUUCAACAAAAUGAUUUGAGUUAGGUAUGAAAUUCAAAUAAUGUAGGCGAGAUAAAUUGUGGAACAAUAUUAUUUAUAAGAUAAAGUGGAUUAGAUAUUAGAGAAGAUUAAAUCAACAAUAGAAUAGAAAAGAUUAUAGAAUGAAACAUAUAAAGAUCUUUUUGUGAAUUAUAGUUAAAGAAAACGUUUAUUGGUUGGUUGUGGACUUUAGCUUUUGUAGUAAUUUUCAGGCAUAAAUGCAAUCAUGUUUUUUUCUAAAAUUAUAUUUUCAUCUGUAAUAAUAAAAUAUCAAAAUUUAGAUAUUAAAAGAUAAUGAAACAAAAAUCAAUUGGGCAAAUGUGUCAGUUGGUUUGAUAAAUAUAAUAUUUAGCUUUAUAGCAAUUAGUUUACUUUAAAAAUUUGGAAGACGAACUCUUUUAUUAUAUGGAACAAUAGUUUGCACAAUAUUUUUAGCAGUAGCUUUUGGUUUUUCUUUUGAAACAAAUCCAAAUACAACUGUAGAAAUCUUAAUUGUAUUAGCAAUUUUUGGAUAUCUUGGUGCAUUUUAAUUGUCAUUAGGACCUGUUGCCUGGGUAAUAAACUCCAAUAAAUAAUAUUUAGAUUUAUGAUGCUGAUAUCUUAUCUGAGAAAGGAAUGUCUUUAGCAGUGCUAUGUAACUGGAUAAGUUGCACAAUGAUAGCAUUUGCAUUUGUAAUUCUAGAUAUUGAUAACAAUAAAGAUAGAUUAUCAAUAGUAUUUGGUUUCUUUACUGGAUGUUGUGUUUUAGGUGUGUUUUUCAUAUUAAAGUUUGUUUAAGAAACAAAAGAUAGAUCAUAAUCAAAUAUCGACAUCUUUUUUUCAUUAACAAAAGUUAAAGAAGAAGGUUUGUUGGGUUGA